AUGGACAAAUCAAUUAUAAGCAAUCACAAUUGUGAAACAGACAGUAAUGCCACUGUGCUUCUUAUGGGGCUCAGGAGAUCUGGAAAAUCGUCUAUUUGCAAGGUUGUCUUUCACAAUACACAGCCACUAGAUACAUUAUAUUUGGAAAGUACAACCAAACCAACAACCGAGAAUUUCAAGUCUUUGAUUGAUUUGGCUGUUAUAGAACUUCCUGGCCAACUGAACCUUUUUGAGCCUGCACUAUAUGACUACGAAAAAAUAUUUGCAUCCAUUGGUGCCUUGGUAUAUGUGAUUGAUUCUCAGGAUGAAUACUUAUCGGCCCUUCAAAACUUGGGAGUUAUCAUCAAGUACGCUGUAAGCGUAAACCCCAAAAUCCGUAUUGAAGUGCUAAUCCACAAAAUAGAUGGAUUGUCUGAAGAUUUCCGAUUGGACACUCAAAGAGAUAUUAUGCAAAGGGUAGGGGAUGAUCUAUUGGAUUAUGGAUUAGAAGGAGUUCAAAUUUCUUUUUACUUAACUUCUAUUUUCGACCACUCAAUCUAUGAGGCUUUUUCUAGGAUUGUCCAGAAAUUAAUUUAUGAAUUGCCUGCAUUGGAGAACCUUCUAGAUUUGCUAAUGCAAUAUAGCAACUUUGAUAAAGUAUUUCUUUUCGAUAUUAAUUCGAAAAUUUAUGUGGCUACUGAUUCAUCGCCCGUGGAUAUUCAAAAUUAUGAGGUUUGUGCAGAAUUCAUCGAUGUUUCAAUAGAUUUGGAUGGUUUGUAUGAAACGAACAAUGAGGAUAAUAGAAAGAAGCCGACUUAUUCGGAGAAUACGUAUGAUGAAAACCGAAACGUACCUGAAGAGGUCGAUAACUCACAAAUAUACAGACCAACUAAAUGCAUAUCGCGUCUUGAAAAUGGAACAAUGCUUUAUUUACAUCAAAUGAUACGAGGAUUAGCAUUAGUAGCUGUCAGUAGACUGGAGAAUGAUGAUGAAAUAACCUCCAUAUCGGUGAUUGACCAUAAUGUUGCUAUAUUCAAAAAGAGCUUGGAAAAAAUGUGGGAGCAAGCAAAAUUGCGAUGA